AUGACGGCCUUUCUCACCAUCGUACUGGCUUUUCUGUCAGUCGUCAGUGCAGCGACAUUGUCUGCCAAUUAUCCUAUCAACGCGCAAUUACCACCCGUUGCCCGGAUUUCACAACCUUUCCGAUUUGGAUUCGCCCAAAGUACUUUCUCUAACAGCGACGCGGACACUAAAUAUUCGCUAUCAAAUGCGCCAUCAUGGCUCGAAGUGGACAGCAGCAGUCUCACUCUGUCCGGAACGCCACACCCAGGCGACAGUGGCACCAUCAAGUUCAAGCUUGUGGCAUCGAACGAAUCGGGAAAAGACAGCAUGGAGGUUACUUUGAUCGUGACAGCAGACCAGGGACCGACGGUGAACAAGCCGCUUGUACCUCAACUGGAGAAAUUGGGACCGGUCUCAUACCCUGCCAGGCUGUUCAUCCAUCCAGGUCGUCCAUUCUCAAUCGAGUUCGACCAGGAUACCUUUGGCAACACGCAUCCUUCCACGAUCUACUACGGAACCUCGCCGAACAACGCCCCGCUACCUUCCUGGAUCAAUUUCGACCCGGCAGCCCUGAAGUUUGCUGGGUAUAGCCCUGCUUUUCCAGGCGCGGGGCCUCAGACAUUUACUUUUCAGCUGAUCGCAUCGGAUGUAGCUGGGUACAGUGCGGCCAACGUGACUUUUGAACUCUCGAUCGGUCCCCAUAUUCUGACAUUCAACGAGACUGUUCAAACCUUCAAUCUUACGAGAGGAGAAGAGUUCAACAGCCCAAAAUUCACCAGCCUUCUCACUAUGGACGGUUCGCCAAUCUCUAUCAAGGAGCUGGCAAAGGUCGAUGCUGAAUUGCCGGACUGGUUGGAGCUGGAUGAGGACAAUAUCUCGUUGAGCGGGACACCACCCAAGAAUGCUGUGAACCAGAAUAUCACCAUUGCCGUUACAGACUCUUUCCAGGAUGAAGCGCACUUGAUGCUUCGGCUAGAUUUUUGGAAGCUGUUCCUCGACACCGUGGAUGGCUGCGAGGCAGCCAUUGGUCAGGACUUCAAGUUCGUGUUCAACCAGUCUAUCGUCACCGAUGACUCUGUGCAAUUGGAGAUCGAUUUGGAUAGCGACCUCACGUGGCUUACCUACUUCUCGGACAACAAGACUCUCUACGGGCAUGUUCCGGAUGACAUGGACCCCAAGAAGUUCACCAUUCCUCUUACUGCACACCAAGGAUCGACUGAAGACACAAGGGACUUUAUUCUCGAUGUUCUCAAAGCCUCCGACACACAUUUGAACCCCACCGAUCCGUUCACUCAUCCUGACACCCCCAACCACAGGAAGGCUGGAAUCAUCGCGAUCUCGAUUGUGGUCCCAUUCGUGAUAAUUCUGAGUAUGCUGAUUCUCUUCUGCUGCUGGCGUAGCCGCAAGGGCUCGCCCACGAUCGAAGAGGGUCCAUCUGACAGCAAGCCUGCUCCACCACGACCUGUCAGGCCAGAUGUCCCUAUUUGCCAGCCAUCCAUGACGGAAAGACCUUCCCGCGAUCGUGAUGACAAUUCCGACGAUUGGAUGAGUCCUAUCUCCCCAUCGUCGAUUCCCAAGCUCGAACUUGGACCCGCGUGGAACGUGUCAUCAUUUGAUAAACGGGAGCACCCAGUUAGCUUUUCUAUCCCUGAGCCCAUUGUUCCCCCUCGCUCUCCUGCUCGCAAGUCUCCCACUCGUGGGGGCUUCGUCCCUCUGCGAGACCCCAUCGAAGAGAAUAAGCCAGUUCAAACUGUCUCGCCGUCCAAGAAGCAAACCAAUCGUCUCUCAUACACAAACAGCCCCGUGCGUCGCAAGACGACCACCCGCUCCCGCCGAGAGCCAUUGAAGACAAUCCAGCCGCGAGCCAUGAGGCGAGAAUCCAUCCAAUCAUCCAAGUCGAAGAGAUACUCAAGGCGCUCAAGCGGUAUCUCCUCCAUUGCCUCUGGACUGCCUGUACGAUUCAGCGGAGCGGGCCAUGGCGCCGGCGGCUUCGGACCUCCCGGCCAUGGCGUGGUGCAGGCAUCAUGGCAAAAUGCGCGAGCCUCGAUGAUGAGCGAUGAGACCAGCAUAACCAACAUGGCGAUGAUGCUCCCGCGUCCGCCAGCCGCAGCACGCAUGCGCCACAGCAUGGCAUCCAGCAUUCCCGAAAACUACAAGCGCAUGACCCUGCGCACCGUCGAGCCCGAUGACUCCACCCUCUCGGAAGCCGACUCCCUGGAAGCGUUUGUUCACAGCCGAGCCAAGCACCGCAACUCUUCCAACCCUCUCUUCUCCGCGCAAAUCAGCCGACGCACUUCCUUGGGCAUGCGCGCGCUCGACCGAAACCGCAGCAUGCGCAGCCGCGCCGACACCGUCUCCGAAUCCACCUUUAGUGAUGACUUCCGCCGAUCCAUCCACGAACGGCCCUUGUCGACAGCGAUCUCAGCUUCGGAAUACGGCGAUGACACCACCGCCAACCGGUUCUCCCAAUAUCAAAACCUGCACCAGGCCGGUCUGUUCCCUCUUGCCGAGGGCAGCGCAUAUGGCCAGAGCCAGCUGAGUCUUGCACAAGAAUAUCGCGGUGCUAUCUCUCCGCUGCCGCGGUUCUGGAGCGAGAAUAGUAUGGGCAGUGGUCGGCAAUUGGAGGGCCAGGGCAACUCCCAGCCUCAGAAAGUGAACGAUGAAAAUGCUAUGCCGCACAGCUCAUCAAUGAUCUCGGAUCUGGAUGAGCAUCUGUCGCGCAAGGUCCCUAAUAAGAGCCCCAAUCAUCCGUGGUGGUUGUCGUCACCUCUUGAGCCCCCGCGGCCGAUUAAGAGUGACGAUAAGCGUGGUCUUCCUAUAGCCAGUAGUGGAGAGCUGGCAUUUGUUUGA